UCAGAAUGUUUGGUGGAACUACUGUCUUAUUCUUCGUUGUGACAUUAUUCUUGGUAGCCCCAAGUGAAGGUUAUUAUGGUUACAAUGGAGGAUGUGUGUGUACUCAAGAAUAUGAUCCUGUAUGUGGCGUAAAUGGACGAACGUAUUCCAAUUUUGGAUGUCUGGCAUGCGCUGGUGUUCCAAUGGCUUGCAGAGGAGAAUGUCCAUGUUACAAACGUUUUAGACGCUACUGAACUUAACGACAACAACUCUUUACAGUUAUUGUGAAAACUGUAUUCUAAUAAAGUCGUGUUAAAAACUGACAA